AUGCAUACUCGAUCUUAUCUUCUCGCCCUCUGCCAAACGGCAUGGCAUAUUGGCUCUGCCAGUGCCGCUGUAUACCAAUCUCGUGUGCAGGAAAGAGGCACCAUCUUCAAAGCCCCCGCUGAAUAUGGCACCUGGCUGAUGUCACCAUACGUCGUGACUCGCGGCUCUGUAAAUAUCGACUACCCUGCUCUCGCCUACAUCCAAACCAUCGGGACAAGCUCCGGCAAUGUUGAGGUGCAAGUAACUCCCUCCUAUGAUGGAUAUGACGUCGUUGUGUCCGACGAAACCUCCGCCUUCACCCUGCAAAACGAUGGAGUUUGGACGCUGGCCGACUACGAUCACGAUGGACUCCCCGAUUUGAUCUACAUCCAGAACCGAAAUACUCCCUCCGGGAAAGUGGAAAUCAGCGUCGCGUCUGGCGCGUCGGGUUUCAAGACCUAUCUGGUGGAAAGUGCCGAGACUGUGUUUGACGUGCAGGUCGACGGUCGUUGGCAGAUGAUCGAUGUUGAUGGCGACGGCAAGCUGGAUCUCGUUUACAUCCAGAACAGCAACACGGCUUCCAACUACGUUGAGGUCAACAUCGCUUCGGGUGCUUCCGCAUACACCACCCUCACUAGUCAGACUGUUUCGAGCUUCUCUAUUGCCAACGAUGGUACUUGGCUUCUAGCGGACUGGAAUAUGAGUGGAUCUUAUGAUCUGUUCUACAUCCAGAACAUUGCUACCACUACCGGCUAUGUCGAGGUGACUGUUGCUUCGGCCGCCUCGGGAUACCAGACUAUUAUUCAGAGUGUCUCUACCACUUUCUCGCUUGAGGAUAAUGGAACUUGGAUGAUGUACGACUGGAAUGGUGAUGACAUUCUCGAUUUGAUUUACAUCAAGCAGGAUAACACUGCAGGUACCGUUGAGGUUCAUGUUGCCUCUGGCGCAAGCUAG